UCACAGUGAAGCGACUCGAGACGUUAAAGUCCAUAUCGAAAAUGUAAAAACGAUUACUCUCCAUCGGGGGGAGCUAACAAAUGGACGAAGAAAUACUCCAAUUGAUCAAAUGCGUUGUGUCGGAGGUGACGCAUGCCACCGUUAUUCGCCAGACGUAAUACAAUGCACCAACACAGGCUCCGAUGGGUUAGAUGUGAAUUGGCGAUGCAACGCUGAACUUCCAGAUUACCUAAAAUUUGGACCUAGAAUGGGAAUAUAUGGUACAUUUAAAAGGAAUGUGCUAGAGGGUACAUUUAGAGAGGGUGGUGGAGGAUUUUAUCCAAGAGAUGAUUCGUUCUAUCAAAAUUCAUAUUCAAGUCAAAAUUUUUGGACAGGAUUAGGAAUGGGCUCACUUGCAGGAUAUUUCUUUGGUAGAAAUUAUAGUUCAUCUCAACCCAGAACAUAUUUUAUGCAACCAACCAGAUUUAGAACUACUUUCACAUCAUCUUCGUCUAGUAGUUCUAAUAUGACUAAUUCUCAAGGUUUUGGUAGGACUAAAAGACGAUAA